UGAAAAUUGUCAUCCGAGGGGACAGGAACACUGGGAAAACCACACUCUGGCACCGACUGCAGGGAAAAAAAUUUAUUGAGGAAUAUAUUCCAACUCAGGAGAUCCAAGUCACCAGCAUCCACUGGAAUUACAAAACCACUGACGAUAUUGUUAAAGUUGAAGUCUGGGAUGUCGUUGACAAAGGAAAAUGCAAAAAGCGAGGCGAUGGUUUGAAGCUGGAGAAUGACCCUCAGGAGGCAGAAUCGGAAAUGGCUCUAGAUGCAGAGUUCCUGGAUGUCUAUAAAAACUGCAAUGGAGUAGUGAUGAUGUUUGACAUCACCAAGCAGUGGACAUUCAAUUAUAUUCUGAGGGAGCUUCCUAAAGUACCAACCCACGUUCCAGUGUGUGUGCUUGGGAAUUACCGAGACAUGGGAGAGCACCGGGUCAUCCUGCCCAGCGACGUGCGGGACCUCAUCGACAACCUGCACAGGCCUCCUGGCUCCUCGUAUUUUCGCUACGCUGAGUCUUCCAUGAAGAACAGCUUUGGCCUCAAGUACCUGCACAAGUUCUUCAACAUCCCCUUCUUGCAGCUGCAGAGGGAGACGUUGCUGCGGCAGCUGGAGACCAAUCAGCUGGAUAUCGAUGCAACAUUGGAGGAGCUGUCAGUGCAGCAAGAGACAGAAGAUCAGAACUACGAACUCUUCCUUGAAAUGAUGGAAGCCCGAAGUCAAGGACACACGUCGCCACUAACAACCAACGGGCAAAGCCCUUCCUCUGGCUCUCAGUCACCCAUCGUACCUCCGAGCUCCACAUCGACAGGCAGCUCCAGCCCGGGCACCCCACAGCCACUGCAGCCACUUCCCACAAGCUCCACUGUCUCUCCUGAGCCCCCCCCAUCCUUUUCACCAGUGCCUGCACCUGAGGCCCUGCAGCCACAUGCGCCUCCCGCAGCCCCCCCAGCACCUCCAGCUGCAGCCCUGCCGCCCAAGCGCAGCAUCAUUUCCCGUCUGUUUGGGACAUCUCCUGCACCAGACCCCUCUCCUCCCCAGCCAGACCCUGCUGCUGUCGCUCCUCCUCCCCACCCUGAAGCCCCUGCAAAGGUACAGAGCGUGGAGGACUUUGUUCCUGAUGACAGCCUGGACCACAGCUUUCUAGAAGAUCCAGCCCCACAGAAGGACCGAGGGAAACCACAGACUAAACACCGUGCCGACAGUGAAAGCGAUGGAGAGGCACCUGGGGGGAACCCGAUGGUGGCAGGUUUCCAAGAUGACCUGGAUCUGGAUGACAAAAUCCCCAGCAGAUCCAUGCUGGCAGCAGAACGGGUACCCAGCAAGAACGUCACCCUCUCCAGUGAGGAAGAGGAAGAAGAGGUGAAGGGCUCUAAGGUCAUACCCACACCUAAUGAAGACAUCGACAUGGAGCAGGGGGAAAAAAGGUCUUCCAGAAAUUCUCUGAAACCACAGAACGAAGCCGUUUUGACCAAAGCAAUGGACCUGAAGCCUCCUGACACUUUACCUCCACGUUCUGGGUCCGAAAGAAACAGCAGCAGCAAGGUCAGCACCAGCCUGCCAGCUGCUGCUGCUGCAACCCCAGCAGCAGUCCAGGCCCCAAAGACCACUUCCCAAAGCAAAGGACAUGCUCUCAAGCAGAAAGUGGUCAAAGAGGAAAAGCCUGAGGAGUCUGACAGUGAUCAAGAGGGACCAAUAGCUACUCAGAUGCUCUCAUUUGUUAUGGAUGACCCAGACUUCGAAAGUGAGGAUUCUGACAGCCAGAAGAAGAAAAUGGAUGAAUUCCCAGUCCGGGAAGAUCUCUCUGAACUAUCGGAUGAUGAUACCUCGUUGGCAAAGCCACCCCAGGCUGUGAAAGCAACAGUCCACUCCUUUAAACUGAAGAAUGACUCGGAUCUCUUUGGUUUGGGUUUGGAAGAAGCUGGUCCCAAGGAGAGCAGUGAGGAAGGUAAAGAUAAACAAAAGGAGAAAAAGAAGAAGAAAAAGAAAAGCAAAGAGGAAGAAGAGAAACCUGCGAAAAAGAAGAGCAAACACAAGAAAAGCAAAGAGAAGGAGGAGAGCAAAGAGGAGAAGAAGAAAAAGAAAAAGAAAAGCAAGGAGAAAAGCAGUGAGAUAGAUGAACUUGAGGCUUUCCUGGGAGGAGGAGGAGCCAGCAUGAGCAAGCCCGGAGGAGGUGGGGACUAUGAGGAGCUGUAG